GGAGACGAUCGAUCGAUGGACAAUGGCAUCGAGCGGAGAGAGCACAUCGAACCGGGAACGUCGAGAGAGGCGUGCGGCUGCGAUGGGCGCAGCAGCCAAUCGAUCGAUAGUCGACAAUUGCGAGUUGCCUUUCUUCUGUCGGCACACUCCUCGCUUCCCCCACCGAACUUCGAUUUCGGUGACGUCCGCUCGAGUCCGGAAUCGUUGGCAAGUUGCCGGAAGAAUCUCGUCGUUCGCUGCGUCGCCUGAGAUUGAGCAGGAUCGCCGAGUACGCAGGAAUCCGCGCGCAGAUGAGCAACAACUUGAAGGUGAAGGUGGACGAGCGGCUCGACAUCGCUCGCCUCGUUGAGCAGCACAAAGCUGUGCUUUUCAAUGCAGAACUCUCAGAAGAGCAGAAAACAGAGGCAUGGUCUCGCAUCUUGACUGAAUGCGCGCUUCGAGGGCAUCACUGGGUGAAAGGCAAAGAUGUGACAUAUUUGAAGAAAUCAAAAUGGCCGGGAAUCAAACGAGAUGCCAUUGAACAUUAUCAAGCUGAUCUGAAAAGCGACGUUUCGCAUAGGAAAAAAUUAACGGAAGCAGAUGUGAUUGUGCUGAGGGCAAUCAGUUUUGACACUGAAAACUUAGGUUCAAUAGCUGAAAAAGAGACCCCGAGUACUGCAACCUCUGAACCGCGGCACGAUGGGGACGUAACACAGCCGGUGACCGUGGAGGUAAAGGCCGGUGAGCCACUAGACUUACUGGCAUGUGGCAUGCAUUUCAAUGAAGAAGACAAGAAGCCUGAUAGUGGCUUGCUCAUCGAUCUGUUCUCAAAAAACCAGAAUUCUGCUAGAAAAUUGCAGAUUCCACCAGUUGAGCAGGAACACCGAUAUUCAAAGCGUCAACGUGUAGAGGAUGAUGGUCCGAUAGAUCACGACCUUAUGGCUGCUUUAGGAUUCGGAAAGAACCGUCAAAGAAACAACAACGUAGACAAUGAUGUGAAACGGAAUGAGCAUGUAACUACGAUCGGAGAUUAUCUCCGCUCUGUGACGACGUUCCCACUUCCGAAAGAAGAUAAUCACGUUGGUGCACUCCAUUCGCCAAUAUCCAUAGAACGCAAACCUUCGGCAGAUCCUCCAAAAUGUGUAGUCCCUCUGCACAAAUCAAUCGCGACUACGCCUUCACCGUCGGCCCCAGCCUCCUCAAAGGAUAAUUGUCGCGACGUGAGGUUUUUGCAGAAAAGGGCUUACGAAGCACAAAUUGCGAGAGAAGAAGCGAUGACAAAGUAUUAUCAGCUGAAGAUGAAGAAGUUGGAGCUUGAAAUAGAACAGCUGCAGCAAAGUAAAGUGAAAGUUGAGAAUGUAAACAACAAUAUGAGCGAAUGAGACUUGCCUUUCACAUUCCUCUUAGUCCUUGCCUUGUUACCUCGUUCCGGGCUGAUCUCUGCCUUUCGCACACUUUUCAAAGCUUUUUAGCGGGUCAUAAAUAGAUAGUUGUAGUCGAUUUUACCGGUUAUCAAAUGUUAUGGUUCUGUACCUGUUUAGAGUCAACUCGAAGUUUUAUGAUACUAACAUAUGUAGCGAGUAAACUUUUCUUUGGCCUUGUACUCCUGCGGCACCGUCUUCAAUGUAG